CUCCUACCUCCUCCUCCUCCCGUCCUCCGCCUCCGCCAACCAUCCCCCCACCCCUCCCUUCCGCGCCGUCACCUCACCUCCCGUCGUCGUCUCCUAUUCGCUCUCCCGCCGCCUACAAAAAUCGCGGACGACGACGCCCCGCAUUUCAUUUCCCCCACGCCUACCCACCCCUCCCUCCCUCCCGACGACGUCCACCCUACCAACCCCGGAUUCCAUUGCGCGCGAGCGUGCGAGCUAUGGAGUUCAACAAGGUGGUCUCCAGCUACAGGGCCGCCUCGCCCGCGCCCGUGGGGAUGGCCCGCGGGGGAGGAGGGCCGGCCAGCCGCGUGGAGUUCGUCCCGUCGUCGCGGCGGGCGCGGCUCGCGGCCACCAACAACUCCGUCACCCCCGUGACCAAGGAGGAGAAACAGAGGAUAGAUCAAAGUGAAAUACUGACCUUGGACAACAUUAGAACCUCCUUGGUUAGGCAAGAAGACAGCAUCAUAUUCAGCCUCUUAGAGAGAGCACAGUUUUGCUACAAUGCUGAUAUAUAUGAUAAAAAUGCUUUCCAUGUGGAUGGAUUUGAUGGCUCUUUGGUUGAAUUCAUGGUUAGAGAAACCGAAAAACUACAUCAACAGGUUGGGAGAUACAAGAGCCCUGAUGAGCACCCAUUCUUUCCGGAGGAUCUGCCUGAACCACUGUUGCCACCUCUCCAGUAUCCAAAGGUUUUGCAUCCUAUUGCUGAUUCUAUUAAUAUCAACAAGGAGAUUUGGAAAAUGUAUUUUGAUGAGCUUCUUCCAAGAUUAGUGAAAGAAGGAAGUGAUGGUAAUUAUGGAUCCAGUGCUCUUUGUGACACGAUCUGCUUGCAGGCGCUCUCCAAAAGAAUUCACUAUGGUAAGUUUGUGGCAGAGGCUAAGUUUCAAGAGUCUCCUGAAGCUUACAUGCCUGCGAUAAUAGCACAGGACUGCGAUCAACUAAUGCACCUCCUCACCUAUGAAACGGUGGAGCGUGCUAUUGAACAUAGGGUGGAAGCUAAGGCUAAGAUCUUUGGACAGGAGGUGGAUUUAGGCGCUGAAGACAACGGCGCUCCACCAAUGUACAAGAUAAGGCCCAGUUUGGUGGCUGAACUGUACAGCUACAGGAUCAUGCCGCUAACCAAGGAGGUUCAAGUAGCCUACUUGCUGAGGAGAUUGGAUUGAUUGUUUACGAUUGUAAACUGCCAGCUUCGGUUUCCUGGCAUCAAAGAAUAAAUUAGGGGAAAGACAACCAUAGGUAUCCAUUUUGGGACAACUGAAAGAAAAUAUUUUAUUCGGGUUUACACUAUAUUUUGUGGCAAGAACAAGCAGAAGCAGGAUAUCACAUGAAAUGAUAUGGAGAUGUUGCAUAUAAUAUAAUAGAUUUAUACCAUCUUUUUUGCAUCGUUUUUGUGUACUGGAAUUGUUUAUGUAAUGAUCGGUCGCAGCCAUCGGUUGCGAUGAUCUGGA